CACUUCCUUUUUAACAACGGUUGGUAGAGUGAGAAUGUUCAUUGCAGUCGCAUCAAAUAGAUAUCGAGCUGUAAAGGAAGGUGGGAGGGUUAGGAUGAGUGUUGGGAUAAUUGCGUAUUACCAACAGAUGCAAGUUUGCCAGGCUGAAUAUUUCCGUCAGUUGCUUAAACCUGUAACGUAGUCUAGUGUAGUAAAGACCUUGGGAGAUUGGGAUUUUGCUUCCCUGUAGCUGUGACCGCACAUUGGAAGGCAGUAACGUCUACAAAGCCUUGGUUCAAAUAGUGGUUAAAUUGGACGGCCGUACUGUGAUGGAAACUCAUUAAGCGUGCUUUUUAGUCGUCUCGGUUUUCACUCCUUUAGGAACUUCCAUUAAAUUAAAGUUGAAAUUGACAUUCACUGUCUCAAAAGCCACAGUUAUACCUUUUGGUAAAUUUACUUAUUCGAAGGACCAAUGCAGAGUGACCAGCGAUUAUUCCCUCAAAAUCCUGUGUUUCCCCAUUCAAAUCAAGUGUGUGAUAGCUACAUGUUUAAUGCUCAUAAUGAAUCUGUGCUUGGGGGGACGAUUUUACCGACUGGUCUAAAGCAUUCAGGGCCUCUCCAUGGAGUUGAAUUUCAACCCUCUGAGGUCUGCCCGAAGAAUUUCAUCAUCUUUGACCAAACACAGAACAGAAGCCAAAUCAUGUUUCACCCAGCAAUUGCUCCCAAAUUCUGUUAUCCGGGUUUUAAUGUCCAUUCAUCUUACGCUCAUAACAAUGUUGAGCAGGAAGAGAAUAUCGAGAAAGAGAAUCCUUCUUCCCUUAGAGAAGAUUCAGAUGACAUCAAUGCAUUAUUGGACUCAGAAGAUUACGAACAAGGCGACGAGGAUGAGGUUAGUACAGCUCGAACACAGGGAAAUUAUGGAAGUGAUUCCUCUGAUUCUUGCUCUUCAUAUGGUUCGAAACCCAAAAAGAGCAAGCUGCCCCCUUCUCAGAAGUCUUCUGGUGGAAGCAGUUGUAACAAUGAAAGGAAGAGGCAGAAAAUGAGGAAGAUGGUGAAGGUUCUUCGCGGGAUUGUACCUGGUGGCAGUAACCGAAUGAAUACUGCUGCUGUUCUUGAUGAAGCUGUCAGGUACCUAAAGUCCCUCAAGGUAGAAGCGCAGAAGCUUGGAGUUGCAAACCUGAAUAAUUAAAGCUCUGAUCUGGUAACAAAGAUUCAAACUCUCUCUCUCUCUCUCUCUGAGGUUGGCUUGCUAGUAUUCUACACAUUGCCAUGUGAUAAUCAUAAUGCUAUGUUACCCAGAAUCUUAACACAAAAAUACUGAGAAAGUGGUAUGUAUGGCGUGUAAACAUUAUAAGUUUGUGAUGUGAAUCUCAAACUGAAUGAAUCUGAUCCAUAGAGGCCACUUUUUCCAUGUUUUCUGGAGAACAAAUUCUGGGAAUAUAGUAUUGUUGCAAGUAAAGAUAGUCUAUGGUUCUCUUAAUCCCUAGAUUUCAAAUGCUUCCGGGCGGUAUAGCUGUCUCUUUGGGUGCAAAAGUAAAUUUGUUGUGGUAUGGUUUAUUCUUGCUUUAUGUAGGAAGGGUGAGAGUUGAGGUGUAAUAAGUGGAGUAAUACUCUCCAAGACUUGCUGGAUAUUGUGUAACUUCAUUUCUGCUUUUUUCACUUCCAUUUCUAUGAAUGUAAUGACUUCUUAGUUAA